UAUAAUUUUCCGGUUAUUGAAAGGAUAUUGUGAACAGCAGAAUCAUGAUCCCGUAGAGAAAAAUCCCAUAAGAACCUGUGAAAAGGGAUGGGUGACAUCCCAAAAGAGUUGUUAUUAUUUUUCAGCAUCCAAAGGUACAUUUAAGGAAGCAAUGUUGGCCUGUUACGAAAUGGGUGCAGAAUUACUGGAACUUCAACAUGCCAAGGAAGAGGAUUGGUUUGAUCUCCAAAAUCGUUUACGGGGGGAAACAACAGAAGUCUGGCUCGGAGCCAGCGAUAUUAAAGAAGAAGGAAAGUUCGUGUAUGUAUCUACUGCUGAGAAGGUUUACUACACACAGUGGGUAAGAAGGCGACUGGAUAAUAUCGGGAAAAAUGAGCACUGUCUGACCUAUGACGUAGCUUCAAAGGGAAUGAAUGAUGCCAAAUGUGAUAGCAGGUUUGCAUAUGCUUGUAAAAAAUGAACAAUGGGAAACAAGUAAAGUGCAGUUUUAGCAACUG